AUGGAUAGAGCCCAUAAUUUUUCAUAGCUCUCUCUCUCUCUCUCUCUCUUUGCUAUUAUCGGGUAAUUUUGUAAUCGCGAAAUUGUGAAUGAAAAUGGAUUAGCGUUAGAGAGCACGUUAAGUGCCAUGCUGACGUGACACGCGAUAACGUGGCCGACAUGUCGAUUAUGCUGUAAACACCGAAGAUUCCUCCCUCCCGAUAGCGCAAAAGCUAAGGCGAAGGAGAUUUCGGGAUAAAUCGUCUCGUUAUAGUGCAUUACAUCAUUGUUACUGCCGGAAUUUUGAGCGUUAAUGCUUAUAACACACCGAUGAGAUAUGCUGCAUCAAAUUAGGCCAAAUCCUCCGCGAGUCUCUCUGCUUGACCCAUCUGUCGCCACGAGCUACAAUAUCUGCCCACGUUCGAGAGAUGUCUGCGGUAGAGGCAACACCGUUCAUCCGCACCAUCGAGUGGGACAUGAUGGACAAGACGAAAUUCUUCCCGCUCAGUAUGCUGUCCUCGUUCUCGGUCAGGUGUUGCCUGUACCCCCUGACAGUGAUCAAGACUCGCCUCCAAGUGCAAAGACAAAAUCACAUGUACAAUGGUAUGGUAGAUGCAUGUAGGAAAAUUUACAAAGUGGAAGGUGUCUCGGGCCUUUAUCGAGGGUUCUGGAUAAGCUCCAUUCAAAUUGUCUCCGGAGUAUUUUACGUAUCAACCUAUGAGGGAGUACGUCAUUUGCUCAAACAGGAUACACCUCUUGGACGCGUUGACUCAAAGGUCAAAGCGUUGAUUGCUGGCGGCGCCGCUAGUUUAGUUGGACAAACGAUAGUCGUCCCAUUUGAUGUUCUCAGUCAACAUCUAAUGGUUCUCGGGAUAAAUAGUACUAAACACGGCAGGGUAUACGUAGAUAAAAUGGGAAUGAAUCCUUUGGGUCUGACCCUUGGACCUGGAAAGACUCGCGCGCAAAUUUCAGCGGAAAUAAUAAGAUUGAUUUAUCAGAGAGAUGGUUAUCGCGGUUUCUAUCGAGGAUACAUGGCUUCUUUGUGUGCGUAUGUGCCUAACAGCGCCCUUUGGUGGGGAUUGUAUACGGUUUAUCAAGAUGAGCUUAUAAGGUUGCUUCCGAGCUGGUUCUCACACUUGUGUAUACAGGCAAUGGCGGGUACAUUGGGGGGUUUCACGACCACAAUCAUUACGAACCCCUUGGACAUUGUGAGAGCGCGAUUGCAAGUGCAACGAUUAGACAGUAUGCUCAGUGCGUUUAGAAUAUUGUGGAUCGAGGAAGGACUACACAUGUUUACCAAAGGACUCUCCGCGAGGCUUGUACAAUCCGCCUGCUUCAGUUUCUCAAUAAUUCUAGGUUAUGAAACUAUUAAGAGAGUGAGCAUAACCGAAGAGUACAAGAGUUACAUUCGGUGGUGAGCUUCAGAGGUACUAUUAUAAUUAAUUUCACGCAGAUGAUACGGGUUUUAUCCAAUGACUUUUUCUACAACUGCGACGCGCUUUUCGAUGCGCAUUACUUUUUACGCGUUAAAGAAAAGGCAAUUAUAAUUUAAUCGACACAGAAAUAAUCUGUAAAAAGAGCUAUCUAAAUUAAUUUUUCUUGGCUAUGGAAGUACUAUUAAGUUAUGUCAGACUUUUAGUGAUCGAAGCUAUCUUUCGUUACACGAACAACAAAAAGAAGAGUAAUAUAAUUGCAUAAUUGUAUCACCUGUUAUCCGCGUAAUUGCCGUAAAUUCGCGCAUCACAAUUUGAUAUGUCACAGCAAUCUCGUAGAGAGGUGGCAACUCGUACUUUGGUGUACAUAAAAACAGUAGUUCCGAAUGACAACAACUAGGCGAAUAAUUUGUAAGUGUAAUAAAGCGCAUUUUGUACGCUAGCGUCAUGUGUCAGAUCGAGUACAAACUUCGUAACAUAUAUUAGAUAUGUUACUGUGAUACAAAUAUAUCUAUUCGUACUAUAAAGACGACCGGUAUCUUAGUUACGCGUCCGUUUUUAACGUUACAAUAUAUAUUGAACCUAGUCAGACAUGGACAUGCAUGCAUGUAUAAGUAUAUUGGUCGUCUUGAAAAUACGAAUAGAAUGUAAUACCUAAAUAAGCGGAAUAUAUUGGUUCAUUACUCACUCUAAAAAAUGAUGGUAUUUAUGUAACUCUCACCAUGUUGAUGUUUAUAUUAUUUAUAUUAUAUUUAUAUAUACUUAUAUAAGUAUAAUAUGUAAAUGUUUAUAUAUUAUAUUUAUAUCACAUUUAUUUAUAUCGGAAUUGUGAAUGUUAUUUCGUAAACUUGUAACUAGUUACAGUUUUUUUUCCCUCAAAAAAUAAUUAGUUACAAAUUAUUGACUCUGAAAAGUAACAUGUUAAAGUUAUAAUUACCCAAAAAUAUAUUUAAUAUAUUAACUGAAUAAUUUAUAAUAAAUUAAUACACACACAUUUCCAAUAUAUUAUCAAAUUAUAGGAUUAAUUUUUACCUAUAAAAAGUUACCAAAUUCAAACUUUGUGAUAAAAUCACAACAGUGGUUUAGCUUCUUUUAAAAAGUAAAGUUUUAAUUAUUCUUUCGGUGAUUUAUUAUUUUAUUCUGCUGAAUGCAGACCACAUAUUGAUUAAUAAGAUUGAAAUACAUAAAUUUUCAAAGUAAUAACUAGUAAAUUGCUAGUAAAAAAUCUGUAACUGUAACUAAAUUACAGUUACAGAUGAAAAGAAUCAAGUUACUGAAAUGAGUAAUUCUAAUUGUAACUUUGUUACAAGUUAUAAAUAUUGUUAAAUAUAUAUCAUUGGUGUUAAAAUCGUACCAUUAUUUUUAGAGUGCUGAAAUACCGAUAGACGCCGCAAAGAUUUAAGAAAUAUAUCCCAGGCAUCACGCGCGUCUAAAAUUGGAACGUAGACGUCUCAAUAAUAUUUGUAAACAUGUGAAUGAUGACUUAAUGAUAUUUUUAGGACGACUUGUGUCUAUUGUGAUUAUAUUUUCUGGUAAAACUUAAAGGACAAAUUUUAAGAUCUAAAAAUUUUAAGACUGUUCCUCUACGUUUUUAAACCGUUUUAUGACUGCGUAUUUACUGCAACGAAAUUUUCUUGCACAGUAUACCAAAAUGAGAUAUUGCGUAGUUUUGGAUAGUUUGGAACUCAGUUGACUAUGUUGAAACAAAUUUUGGUCUUAAAUCUAAAAUAAAAUUGAAAUAAUAAAAAAUGAAAACAGAUCUAAUGUAAAUAAUUUUACUUUAAAAAUUAGAUAUAAUUCAGGGGUUCGAUUCUACAAGGGGAUACGCACGGAUUUCACAGGAUAAGUAUUAAGUUAAGUUCAGUUAAUUCAUAACGCAUCUCUUUGUGUUUAAAGUUUAAACUGAAGUUAGCCCAGUGGACUAUACUUAUUCCGCGAAAUUCGCGCGUAUUCCCUUACACUAUCUAGCCUCUUAAUUAACAAAAGACAAAUGUAAUCAAUUAAAAGAUAACAAAACAAAUUAUAUUGCAUGAAACUAAAUUUGUCGGUUUUUUUCAUAAAAAUUUGUUCAUUAGAUAUUGGAAUGCUGAUUAGACAAGAAUUUUUUGCAAUAAUAAAAUAAAAAGCAAAAUUGAGUUAAAAAAAAUAAAAAUCAGCCAUCUGAAAUAAAAGACUGUUAUUUUAUAAUAAAGGACACGUGUUCAUCGUACUUAUGUCCUAAUUUUGGACGUGCGUGUUGUCUAAGAUGACUGUUUAAUAUUUCCACCUAUGCAUUGUGUAUGUAUAUACAGCAAAACUGAGAAUCCCUGAGAACUCCGUGAGAGAAUGUUAAUAAAUUUUAUUGGCUAUAUUAAA